AUGAAUAUCCAACCAGCAGAUGAUAUUGUCUCUAUUCAUUCAUCUCGUCGUACACCACAAACAACUGAAAACGAAGCUGAACAUCCAGAUUCAUCAAUUAUUCGUCUUCAUUAUAAUCCUUAUGGAGAAGAUGAUCGUGUACAUGAUAUAGCACGUUUAACACCUGUUGAAUUAAAACCAAAAUAUAUCAUGGAUAAUCAACAAAGUAAUCAAUAUUCAUCACGUUCAAAUCCUCCACUAUUUUUUAAUGAUUCUAUAAUAGCUGAUCGUGCAACAACAGCAACAGAUGCAUAUGCAACACCGAAACGUUUAGCUAAAACUCAUAUUGAAACUGAUCGUAAAGCAAUGAUGCGUCAUAAUAAUGGUCGAAUCGAUUGA